AUGACAAGCGCAAUACGACGGAGUAUUCGGAGGCGUAAACGUGUAUACAAAAAAGCAAAACUGUCGGGAUCUGACGAGCACUGGUCUAAAUUUCGAAGGAUCCGUAAUGACACUAUACGUUCCAUCAAGCAGGCCAAAUCCACGUACAUGUACUACAUUAAUCUCGUAGACAAACUUAAAACCUGCACAUCCUCUUCAAAAGACUGGUGGAAUACAUCGAAGCCUUUCAUAACUAAAGAUUCUUCUGUUUCUAUCCCACCCCUUAUCGAUCCUGUCACGAAUAUGCCAACUACAAGUGAUGCAGAAAAGACUGACCUUUUAAAUACGUACUUUGCAAAUCAGGCUCAACUAAAUGAUGACGGUAAAACUCCGCCGUAUCCAACCGUCCCUCCAAUUGAACGCCAGCUAUCAUCUGUGACUCUUAUCCAGAAUGAAGUUAAGGAUGUUCUCAGAAACUUGCAAAUAGGCAAGGCUUCUGGUCCCGACGGAAUUAGUAACCGUAUACUGUGCGAGGCUUCUCGGCAACUUUCCGGCCCUCUCUGUUCUUUAUUCAACUAUUCUCUGCACUCAGCAAACGUUCCUCUGUCCUGGAAAGAUGCAAACGUGUUUCCUGUCUUCAAGAAAGGCGACUCCUCUCUCCCAAACAACUAUCGGCCUAUAUCCCUUCUCAGCUGUGUAGAAAAAAGUGACACCAAGAUGUUGAUGAUAGAAAAGCUCAGGAAUCUGGAGUCCUGCCAUAAAGAGGGGUAG